AUAUAGUCCACACUGUUGAAACGCGUAGGCGUAGGGAUUUGUAGAUGUUUAAUUGGUUCGUUGAUUUAUCAUCUUUUAGCCUUGAUGAGCUUGAAACUUCCCAGGAGGAAGAUGAGUUUUCCCGGCGUUGUGAAAAUGGCGGAAGACACAAGCGAACAGAUGAGACCGCUACUCACAUCCGGUAAUGAUGAGGAGGCGGUCUUGGACCGAGGGAAGACCAGCUCCACGCUCUCCACUAACUUUGAGAAAGAAGAUCUGGAAAGUCACAGGGCACUCUAUGUUGGUGUUCACGUCCCAUUGGGUCGACAGAGCCGGCGGCGGCACCGUCACAGAGGACACAGACAUCACCGCAGAAGGCGGGAUCAUUUGGAGCGGGAAGACGGCCAAGAGUGUCCGUCAUAUGACACGCCCUCCCAAAGGGUACAGUUCAUCCUCGGCACGGAGGAUGACGAUGAGGAGCACGUUCCCCACGACCUCUUCACCGAACUGGACGAGCUCGCCUUCAGGGACGGAGACAUCCUGGAGUGGAAGGAGACCGCCAGGUGGUUGAAGUUUGAGGAGGACGUGGAGGAUGGUGGCGAGCGUUGGAGUAAACCUUAUGUGGCCACGCUGUCCCUGCAUAGCCUGUUUGAGCUGCGCUCCUGCAUCACGAACGGCACUGUACUGCUCGACAUGCGCGCCAACACCAUCGAGGAGAUCGCAGACAUGGUGAUUGACAGUCUGCUGGCGUCUGGUCAGUUGGACGAGGACGUUCAGGACAAGGUGAGGGAGGCCGUCUUGAGACGUCAUCACCAUCAGAACGAGAAGAGGCUGAGUAACCGCAUCCCGCUCGUUCGAUCCUUUGCCGAAAUCGGCAAGAAACAUUCUGACCCCCAUCUACUAGAACGCAAUGGUCUCCUGGCGUCCCCUCAGUCGGCUCCCGGGAACCUGGACGGCAGCAAAGGGGGCGAAAGUCGCGCAGGCGGAUGCAGUGGUGAAAACAGCACAGUAGACUUCAGUAAGGUGAGAAAGGGUGGACAUGACCAGCUUCUACUGUCCCCUGCAGGCCGUGCAGGUCAUCACCACCGGUCAUGUGUGUUUCAGGUGGACAUGAACUUCAUGAAGAAGAUUCCACCUGGUGCAGAAGCCUCUAAUGUGCUGGUGGGGGAAGUGGACUUCCUGGAACGUCCCAUCAUUGCCUUUGUGCGCCUCUCCCCCGCCGUGCUCCUCACCGGACUCACUGAGGUCCCAGUGCCCACAAGGUUCCUCUUCCUUUUGCUGGGUCCGUUUGGAAAAGGUCCACAGUACCACGAGAUUGGACGCUCCAUGGCCACUUUGAUGACAGAUGAGAUUUUCCACGACGUUGCGUACAAGGCGAAGGACCGAAACGACCUGCUGUCAGGGAUUGACGAGUUCCUGGAUCAGGUGACGGUGCUCCCACCAGGCGAAUGGGACCCGAGCAUCCGCAUUGAACCCCCAAAGAGCGUCCCCUCUCAGGAGAAAAGGAAGAUUCCAUCUGUCCCCAAUGGCUUCGCCCACAGCUCUGACAUCAUCAAAGAGGCAGAGCAUCAGACUGGACCAGAGCUGCAGAGGACAGGAAGGCUGUUUGGUGGUUUGGUGAAGGACAUCCAGAGAAAAGCACCCUUCCUGCUAAGUGACAUCACAGACGCCAUCAGCCUGCAGUGUUUGGCAUCCAUCCUCUUCCUAUACUGUGCCUGCAUGUCGCCCGUCAUCACUUUUGGUGGCCUGCUGGGAGAAGCCACCAAAGGAAAUAUUAGCGCCAUUGAGUCGCUGUUUGGGGCUUCUCUUACGGGUGUGGCCUACUCUGUCUUUGCGGGUCAGCCUCUCACCAUCCUGGGAAGCACCGGCCCCGUUCUGGUCUUUGAGAAGAUCCUCUUCAAGUUCUGCAGUGACUACGGCCUGUCCUACCUGUCUCUACGGACCAGCAUCGGCCUGUGGACCGCCUUCCUCUGUUUGCUACUGGUUGCCACAGACGCCAGCUCGCUUGUGUGCUACAUCACACGCUUCACCGAAGAGGCCUUCGCUGCACUCAUUUGCAUCAUCUUCAUCUACGAGGCCCUGGAGAAGCUGGUGCACCUGGGGGAGCUCUACCCAGUUAACAUGGGUAACCACCUGGACAACCUGACCUUCUACACGUGUGGCUGUUCUCCACCCGCCAACACAUCAGCUGAGAUACGUGAGAUUUGGAGCAACUACGGCUACAACUCGUCUGAGAGCGUCCCAUGGUUGCAGCUUAGUGUAAAGGACUGUCAGAGGUUACACGGCAAGUUUGUGGGCUUAGCUUGCAGCCAUGAAGGUCCCUUCAUCCCAGAUGUCCUCUUCUGGUCUGUCAUCCUUUUCUUCACCACCUUCCUCCUCUGUUCCUUCCUCAAACACUUCAAGACCAGGAGAUACUUCCCCACCAAGGUACGGUCAACCAUCAGUGACUUUGCUGUCUUCCUCACCAUCAUGGUCAUGGUGCUGCUGGAUUAUCUAGUGGGAAUUCCUUCUCCCAAACUCAGCGUCCCGGACCGCUUUGAGCCCACCUCCAACACCCGUGGGUGGCUCAUUUCGCCGCUGGGCACAAACCCCUGGUGGACACUGCUUGCCGCAGCGAUCCCUGCUCUUCUCUGCACCAUCCUCAUCUUCAUGGACCAGCAGAUCACCGCUGUCAUUGUCAACAGGAAGGAGAACAAGCUGAAGAAAAGCUGCGGCUACCAUCUGGACUUGCUGGUGGUGGCGCUGAUGCUGGGCGUGUGCUCCAUCAUGGGGCUGCCGUGGUUCGUGGCAGCGACCGUGCUCUCCAUCUCGCACGUCAACAGCCUGAAACAGGAGUCGGCAUGCGCGGCCCCUGGCGAGCAGCCCAAAUUCCUGGGCAUCAGGGAGCAGCGUGUGACUGGGUUCAUGAUCUUUGUCCUGAUGGGCUGCUCCGUCUUCAUGACCUCUGUGCUCAAGUUCAUCCCUAUGCCCGUCCUCUAUGGCGUCUUCCUCUACAUGGGCGUGUCCUCGCUCAAAGGAAUUCAGCUCUUCGACCGCAUCAAACUGUUCGCCAUGGCGGCCAAGCACCAGCCGGACCUCAUCUACCUUCGCUACGUGCCUCUCUGGAAGGUCCAUGCCUUCACGGUCGUGCAGCUGUCCUGCCUCGUUGUCCUGUGGCUCGUCAAAGCGUCCCCUGCCGCCUUCGUCUUCCCCAUGAUGGUUCUGGCGCUGGUGUUCAUCCGGAAGCUUCUGGACUUUUGCUUCAGCAAGCGAGAGCUGAGCUGGCUGGACGACCUCAUACCCGAGAGCAAGAAGAAGAAGGACGACGAUAAGAAGAAGAAGCGGGAGAAGGAGGAUGCUCAGCGGAUGUCGGAGAAGGUGGCAGAAAACUUUGCUUUCGAGCCGGCCAAGGUCAUCGAGGUGCCGGUGAAACGUUUGAAAGGACAGACGGACCCGUCAGAGGUGAACAUCUCAUAUGAAAUGGACAAAAGUGGCGUGUGGAAGUCUCUCUCUGUGAAGUCUGACAGUAGCAAAGCUCUGAAACACAGCAACAGCCAGGAAAAUCUCGCCAGCGUUGCUGUGGGUCGCGGAGAAGAUGCGAGUGUCAUUGAUGCCGAGACGUCAUUAUGAGCCACAAAGGAGGUCAAACUUCAAGAGAACCAGUCUGGUUCCUCCUCAACUUGAGGAUUAAAGUGUUCUUUUUUUCUCACCGUUUUAUGGUGAAAAUACACAAGUUUUAUUUUCACAAAUUGACCAAUUCUUUCAUCACAAAGUGUGUAUGCAUACGUGUGUGUGUGUGUGUAUGUGUAUGUGCAUGUGGAUAGGCUUGCUGUCUUUGUAGUUUAAUUUGUAAAUUUAAUAAAAUCAUUUGGAUAAUC